GAGGAGCCACGUGAGGGCCUGAGGGAGCCGUCUCCCUCUCUCUCUCCUCUCUCUGGAAGCAGCCAUGGCCCGCCGUCGCCUGCUGCCUCUGCUGCUGGGCUGCUGCCUGGCGUGGCGCUGGGGCCGGAGCGGGGCCCAGGAGGCGGCCGGCGGAGGAGGAGGCGGUGAGUACUGCCACGGCUGGGUGGGCGCCUCAGGCCGCGCCGCCGAGGGCUUCCUCUGCCCGGAGCGCUUCGACGCCGCCGACGCCACGCUCUGCUGCGGCUCCUGCGCCUUGCGCUACUGUUGCGCCGCCGCCCAAGCCCGCCUCCAGCAGGACGCCUGCACCAACGACCCCCGCGCGCCCCACGCGCCGCUCCCGCCGCCGCAAACGCAACCAAUCUAUGUGCCAUUUCUCAUCGUUGGAUCGAUAUUUAUCGCUUUCAUUUUUGUGGCCUCCUUUGUCGCUGUUUAUUGCUGUACGUGUUUAAGGCCCAAGCAAACUUUGCAGCAGCCAAUGCGAUUCUCCCUUCGAAGCUACCAGAUGGAGACUUUGCCCAUGAUCCUGACCUCAGGUAGCUUAAGGACUCCAUCGAGGCAAUGCAGUUCUGCAACUAGCUCCGGUUGUGCUGCUGGCUCUGUCCACAGGUUUUCCUUGGCCAAGCCAGAGUCUGGGUGCCUCGCGACCUCUUCGCCUCCGCCUUAUACAGCUGGCUGUUUACCGAUGGGCCAUUCUGUCAGCCUCUCUCAGCCUUCUGGAUUUUUGGUGUCAGCACCACACUUCUCAUAUCCUCUUGACUCGGAGCCAUCUCCGAAUGGAAAGAGUACUGCAGAUCUGAGCUAGAAAAGCAUUUCUGAAGCAACACGUUUGCAAAGCACAAUGAACUUUAUGAGGUUUUCAUUGUUGGACUUUCUGGUGAUGAGAUUGAAAACCACUUGACUGUGUGAGUUGCCCUUUUUCAAAGUGCACAUUUUUGCAGGAAAUGUUUAAAAGCAGCAUGGAUUUGAAAAUACCGAUCUUCACUUUUUCACUGUGAUGUUAUGUUGCUUCCUAAACUCUUACUUUCAAGUUUGUGUUUAAAACUAUGCAUCUAAUAAUGUGAACCAAAUCCCUGCAUAUACGAGUAGAAUACUGCUUUAAAACUGUGAUCCUGUACGCACUUAAUUGGGAGUAUGAAUGAAGUGAAUUUUAAAAAUUUGCAUUUUAAUAUAAAUACUUCUUUAAUACACAGGAUUUACAUGGCUUUUGGACUUUUCAAAUGCUGUGAUAAAGCGUUCUGAUAAACAAUGCUGGAAUUAAGAAAAUAACACAAAGUGCCAUAUAUUAGAGGACCAUGUUUACAGCAAGGACAUACUGUAUUGCUAGAUCUGCAAACUGCUGUGUACACAAAAACUCCAAAAUUAG